AUGGGACAGAGUCUUCGUGUGGAGACCCCAGCGCAGGACCCUCAAAAACACAAAAAUGGUGAUGAUGAAGCUGAGCAGCACCACAGCACAAUGGCGGGAGAGGGGGGCGGCACAGGGGACAGCACCCCUCCCCCAAAACGCAAGGGCAAGUUCUCGACCCUUGGCAAGAUCUUCAAGCCGUGGAAGUGGCGGAAGAAGAAAAGCAGCGACAAGUUCAAUCAAACUUCAGAAGAGCUGGAGAGAAAGAUGUCGACACGGCGUACACGGCAGGAGCUUAUAGAACAGGGAGUGCUGAAAGAGGUCCCGGACAACGAUACAGAGACUCAAAACAUGAAGCAGCCCUAUGUGAAGAAUGGCCACACUCUCCCUGUGAGUGUUGGUGUUGGAGGAGGAGGAGGAGGAGUGGUCACUGGUGGAAGGAGCCCUUGCAACCAGGUCAAACUCCCUUUAGAGUCAGACUUUAGGAUGAACCCAGCCUGGCUUCCCCAACAAGACGACCGUAGGGGUCGAUCUCCCUCAAAUGGAGAACGCCGGGGGAACCCAGGCUCCAGGGGCACCGGAUUGCAUGAAGACGGGCGGAGAGGAGGGGGAGGGAUGGGGCCACGUGUGCAUGUGGAGGGAGAGUGGAAGACUAACAUGGUCUGGCAUGGCCAGAUACACAGCCAGAUGGAUGAGGGCAGACGCGGGGGCCGGCUUCACCCUGAAGACGGGCAGAGGAAACCUGGGCUGCAAAAGGCCCCGUCGGAGGACGGCAGGAGUCGUCGGCCUGCGGAAGCGGACUGGAAGCCAACACUCCCUCGACAUGCAUCUGCUGAAGAGGGUAGAGCCUGCAGAGAGUCAGACAGCCAUUUUGUCCCUGACCUAGAAGCCCUGCGGGAUACCCUGCGUGAACCUCUGCCUCCUAAACAGUCUGUCAUGCCUCCAAAAUGGCUGAUGAGCUCCACCCCUGAACCUGUCAGCGAGGGUCCACCUCGCACCCCAUCCAACCACCCCACUUCCCAGUACUCAUCACCUUCAGCUGCAGCGUCUAAACCUGUUCGAUCCGUCUCCUCAGCGGGUGCGUCCACACAGCAGCCUUCAUCUGCCCCGACCUCCACCUCUCAGGCCACCAAGCAGCCACCUCUGCCCCCGCCCAAGCCGGUGAACAGGGGCAACGCUGCCAUGCUGGUCUCCGCCCUGCAGGGGGGAGAGAACGCACAGCUUCCUCUCUACUGGUCCUGCUGGAAGCGAGAGUGCGACUAUGAUGUCUACCUGUCCCUCCCUGUCUACCUGUGCCGGCGGGCUGGAGGCCUGCGCUCAGGAGACCUCACUCAAGCCACUGGGGGUGCCAGUCUUGUUCCAGCCAAGCCCUCACCACCGAUGCCUCCCAAGAGGACCACGCCCGUCACCAAACGCAACACAGAGGAUUUGUCUGCUUCAAGCCAUCCCAUCAACCCAUCGCCACUUUCUCUGGAGGACCAGAGCUGCCUUUCUGUGUCCUUUCAGCUGCCUCCCCCUCCUCCCUCCCCACCUCUGCCAACACACAUUCCACCUUCUCCACCCCGCCAGCAUAUUCACACCCACCACCUCCACCAUCAGCACUCCUACCCCCACCCGCUCCCCCAACCUAUUCCCAUGCUGUUUGAUCCCCCAAGUCCCACCAAUGAGUCCCCCCAGCGUCCAGCCCCUAUCCCGCUCCAUAUCAUGAUCCAAAGAGCUCUGUCCAGUCCUGGCCCGGCUCAGCCACACCCAGACGGGUCACAGCGUGCGCACACACUGCUUUUUGAAACCCCUCCUGAGUACCAAGGAGAUCGAGGUCGCCCACUGCCUGUCAGCAUUCAACCACUAAAAUUAUCUGAGGAUGACUACUCAGAGGAGGAGGAGGACGAGGAGGACGACGAUGACGAUGAUGAUGAGGAGGAAGAAGCGUACGAUGGGGAGAUUCCCCAGCCAGAGCUGGAGCCGCGGAGUCGCCGGUGCUUGGUCGGGGACGCUGGUGUUUGUGUCAUUCCGGGGGGAAACAGCAGUGAAGAGGAAGAGGAGGAGGAGGAAGAUGAGGAGGAAGAAGAUGAGGAUGGAGAGCAUGAAAUGCGCGAGGAGGACAGCGACUCAGAUGGUCCUGUGCUCUAUAAAGAUGAAGACUCUGAUGAAGAUGAAGAGGAUGAGCCCCCACUUAGUGCUCUGGCCAGCAGGGUAAAAAGGAAGGACACCCUGGCUCUGAAGCUGAGCAGCCGUGCCUAUGCCCCAGACAGGGACAGGUUUACCCAGGAGAGGAACACCAGAGAUGACCAGCCUCCAGGACAGACCGGCCUCACCUGGCAGAGCAGGGAGCAGUGGGAGGCCAUCCGCACACAGAUCGGCACAGCACUCACAAGACGACUCAGCCAGAGACCCACUGCUGAGGAGCUGGAGCAAAGAAACAUCCUUCAGCCCAAAAAUCAGGCUGACAGACAAGCUGAGGUCAGAGAGAUCAAGCGGCGUCUGACCAGAAAGCUAAGUCAAAGACCCACAGUCGCAGAACUACAGGCAAGGAAAAUCCUGCGAUUCCAUGAGUAUGUGGAAGUCACAGAUGCGCAAGACUAUGAUCGCAGGGCAGACAAGCCUUGGACCAAGCUGACUCCUGCUGACAAGGCAGCCAUACGGAAGGAGCUCAAUGAUUAUAAGAGCACUGAAAUGGAGGUUCAUGAAGAGAGUAGAAUCUACACAAGGUUUCAUCGGCCUUAGCAUCCCAUCUCUUCUCCUGGAUAAUGAAGCACUUAAGAUCUCUGUGACAAGAAGCUGCUUCCUAUGCAGACAGAUCGCCCUUUCGCGUCUCCAGAAUGUAC